AUGAAGGCGCUGCGGCGGCUGAGCCGGCACCGCACCGCGCUGGGGCUCGGCGGGCUCUCGUUCUGCGCCGCCGUCCUGCUCUACCUCGCCAAGUGCACCUCCGAGGGGCUGCGCCCGCUGCCCGCGGCCCCCGCGCUCCCGCACAGCCAGCCCGGCCGGGGGGCCCGCGCCGCGCCCCCGCCCGCCCCUGAGGGCAGCGCCUUGUUGGCCGUGGUGGUGAUGAGCGGCCCCAAGUACAGCGAGCGGCGCAGCAUCAUCCGAAGCACCUGGAUGGCGGCGGCGCGGCAGGCGCCUCACGGCCACGUCUGGAGCCGCUUCGUGGUGGGCACGGCGGGGCUGGGCGCCGAGGAGCUGCGGAGCCUGGAGCUGGAGCAGAGCCGCCACCGGGACCUGCUGCUGCUGCCGGAGCUGCGCGACUCGUACGAGAACCUCACGGCCAAGGUGCUGGCCACCUACGUGUGGCUGGACGCGCACCUGGACUUCCAGUUCGCCCUCAAGGCUGACGACGACACCUUCGUGCGCUUGGACGUGCUAGUGGAGGAGCUGAGGGCCAAGGAGCCGCGGCGCCUCUACUGGGGCUUCUUCUCGGGCCGCGGGAGGGUGAAAUCCGGGGGCAAGUGGAAGGAGAGCGCUUGGCUGCUUUGCGAUUAUUACCUGCCCUACGCGCUGGGCGGCGGCUACGUGAUCUCCGCCGACCUGGUGCGCUACCUGCGCCUCAGCAGGGACUACCUGAACCUGUGGCAGAGCGAGGACGUGUCCUUGGGGGUGUGGCUGGCGCCCAUCGACGUGAAGAGAGUGCACGACCCCCGCUUCGACACCGAGUACAAAUCGCGCGGCUGCAACAACAAAUACAUCGUGACUCACAAGCAGAGCAUCGAGGACAUGCUGGAGAAGCACCAGACGCUGGCGAAGGAAGGGAAGCUCUGUAAGGAAGAGGUGAAACUCAGGCUUUCCUACAUGUACGACUGGGGAGUGCCUCCUUCCCAGUGCUGCCAGAGGAAGGAUGGCAUCCCCUGAAAGGCUCGGGGAGAAGCCUCAGGAGGAUGGACUCUGCUUGCUGUUACACGGGGAGAAUCCCAGUAAAAUGGAAUUCUUGCCUCAGUUUCUCCCUCAGAACAUUGGGCCUAAGGCUUUGGGAUGCAGGCCUGGCUGGAUUUAGGGAAGAGCGGUUCAUUUGAGUCAGGACUCCUGGAAUCUCCCACUCCAUAUCCAUGGACAGACUUCCCAAAUCCCGGCCUGCCGCUGUGGAUCCAUCAUUCCAGCAGAAUUGAGCGGGAAGAGCUGCUAACAUGGAAUUUUUGUGGAAGGAUGGCAUCCCCUGAAAGCCUCGGGGAGAAGCCUCAGGAGGAUGGACUCUGCUUGCUGUUACAUGGAGGAGAAUCCCAUUGAAAUGGAAUUUUUGCCUCAGUUACUCCCUCAGAACAUUGGGAACAAAUCAUUCCCCUCAGGCACUGAUCCCAAAGGCUUUGGGAUGCAGGCCUGGCUGGAUUUAGGGAAGAGCAGUUCAUUGGAGUCGGGGGUUAAUUACUCUUAGGAAGAUUUUGCACAGCUCAUUCUGUCACCCCAGAGCUGCUGCUGUGGCACAGUUAGAGAUGCUUAAAAAAAACCCCAAAACAGGUGACAGAAAGCACAGGAAAAGGUCAAACGCCAGGAUUGGCAAAUAAAAUAAAAUAAAUAUAAAUAAAAGGUGACAAAACCCAGGGAGAAAAUCAGAGGGAAAGAACUGGAAUAUGAAAAGUUUGAGCAGAUUCUGAGGUUCAUUUACUAAAGGCCAUGCUGAGUUUUGAUGUUGUUGAGACUGAGGUGAGGCUGCUGGUUAUUCCUUGGCAAGGAAACACCAGUUUGGCGUGGAGGGAAGAGCCCAAACUGGGAACAGAUGAUUCCAGAGGGAACAGGUGAUUGCUACAGGCAGGAAAAGGGAUCAGCUUUUCCUGGGAUCCCUGCAGGCAGAGCGCUCUGGAAUGAUGAAAUCUGUUCAUUUGUCUCUUUUUUGCUGCUUGACAGGCAAUGUACAUAAACCUCCUGGCAGCUCUGAAGGGAUGUGGCUGAGUUUUGGCAGAAAUCAAAUUUAUUCUGAUUUUGGGACAGUCUUUGGCUUUGAAAAAGCCUCCAGGUGUUGUUUUGAGCUCAUUUCCCUCCAAAACUCAAGAACUCCCUGGCUGCUCCAGGCCAUUGCAGACUUUAAAUUUAGAUUUAUUUUUAAUGCAAAUGAGCAGGAAUUGAUCAGUGGGAGUUCCAAAAACCAUUUGCCCAAAGGUGGGGAUUUAAGGCGUAAAAGUGAACUUGGUGUAGUCAAGAGAAAAAUGUUCCCCCCACCCCAAAAAUUCAGCUUUGAGAACUUUAUUUCUCUUUUCAGCACACUAAAAAAUCCCAAUUAGGUGCUAAAAAAAAAGCUGAGGGAAUUCCCUCCUUCUCUCUCAAAAUUCCUUGUAGAGGAACUAAAAUGGAAUUAAUUGGCAGUGACACAUCCACAAAUUGCAUUUUUCCCUCAGUCCUGGCUACACCAAAAUAAUCAGAGCUCACACAGGUCUCAGACAUCAUUGAUUUAUCUCCAAACCUGGAAUUCCGACAUUUUUCACUGGCAGCUGCUCCAAAAUUUUUCCAGUCCCCUGUCCCAGCCGCGGCUCUUGCGGCGUGAGCGGUUUUUACUUUGUAAAUGUAAAAUUCCAUUUUUUCAGUGUCUUUUUUUGUGAUUUCUUUGGUGUUUGUUGCACUCUGCACUUUCAUUCCCGUCCCAUUCCCUCCUCCCCAACUCUGGCUGGAAGAGACAAAAGGCAAAGAAAAAUUGAAAAUUCAAGAAGUGCCAAUUUCUCUUUCUUUUUUGCUUCUUAGCAAAAUUAGGAAUUUUAGGAAUGCCAAAGGGAUCAAUUCUGUUGGGUUUUUUUUUUUGUUAUUCUCUUGUUUUGAUUAAUUAAUUAUUG